AUGGCUCUGCUGGCUCUGAUGGAGAAGACGGGCUACGCCAUGGUGCAGGAGAACGGCCAGAGGAAGUUCGGCGGACCCCCCCCAGGCUGGGAGGGCCCGGCCCCCCCGCGGGGCUGCGAGGUGUUCGUGGGGAAGAUUCCCAGAGACAUGUACGAGGACGAGCUGGUGCCUCUGUUCGAGCGGGCCGGCCGGAUCUACGAGUUCAGGCUGAUGAUGGAGUUCAGCGGGGAGAACCGCGGCUACGCCUUCGUCAUGUACACCAGCAGAGAAGCAGCUCAGAAGGCCAUCCAGACGCUGGACAACUGCGAGGUCCGUCCGGGGAAGUUCAUCGGCGUCUGCGUGAGUCUGGACAACUGCCGCCUCUUCAUCGGCUCCAUCCCCAAGGACAAGAGGAAGGAGGAGAUCCUGGAGGAGAUGAAGAAGCUGACGGACGGAGUGAUGGACGUCAUCGUGUAUCCCAGCUCCACCGACAAGAGCAGGAACCGCGGCUUCGCCUUCGUGGAGUACGAGUCCCACAAGGCGGCGGCGAUGGCCCGGAGGAAGCUCAUCCCUGGCUCCCUGCAGCUGUGGGGUCACUCCAUCCAGGUGGACUGGGCCGAGCCGGAGAAGGACGUGGACGAGGAGGUGAUGCAGCGCGUCCGAGUCCUCUACGUGAGGAACCUGAUGCUGGACACCACGGAGGAAACCGUCCACCAGGAGUUCUCCCGCUUCAAGCCCGGCUCCGUGGAGCGGGUGAAGAAGCUCACGGACUACGCCUUCGUCCACUACUACAGCCGCAGCGACGCCGUCACCGCGCUGAGCCUCAUGAGCGGCGCCCAGAUCGACGGGGCCACCGUGGAGGUGGUGCUGGCCAAACCGGCCUCCGUCAGGGACGGGGGCGGCGCCGGGCGGAGGCUCAACGGCCGGGGAUACCUGGGAAAUAUCCAGUCGGGGGGAGGAGGGGGCGACGGCUUGUUCCUGCUGCCGCGGCCCAGAGGCAUGAUGGGAGCAGACUCGCUGCUCAGGGCCCUGCCCCUGCCCACGGGCCUGGGAAACCCCUACAGCUCAGGACGCGCUGCGGAGGAUCCGGACCCCUGCGUGCUGCCGCUGCCCCCCUGCUCCCCCCUGGCCCCCACCAGCCUGCUGGCCCUGAAGCAGAGCCAGAUCGGCUCGGCCGUGGCGCUGCUGGAGUACCACUGCUGCAAGAACUGCUGGUCCCCCCCCGAGUACCAGCUGUACUCCACCGGGGGACGGGACGGAGGCCUGCUGCUGCUGUACAAGGUGGUGCUGCCAUCUACACGAAGAACCUACAUCCCUGACAAGCUGUGUUUGCUGCUGGAGGACGCCAAGGAGCUGGCUGCUCAGACUGCCCUCUGGAACCUGGAACUGUCCUGGGAUUGUCCCAGCAGCCCGUCUCCUCCUCUCACCUUGUCCUCGUCUUCCGACACCUGCGGCAGCCAGACCUUCACCUUCCCCCCUCCUCUUCCUCAGCUGCCCUCCCUGCCCUUCUCCAGCCUGCUGCCCUCCCCCAGCUCCCAGGGUGCACUGCUCUACAUGAACUCCCAGCCGCCGGCCUUCUACUGA